AUGGAGCUGAUUCCCGGUCUUCCCAACGACGUAGCUCAUGAAUGUCUUAUUCGGAUUUCGUUUGAUCAGUUAUCCAAGGCUGCAUCUGUGUGUAGAGCAUGGAACGCUGUGAUUAAACAGCCGGAGUUCCGCCGGCGCCGGAAAGCUUCUGCUCUAACCCGACCUGUCAUUGUCAUGGCUCAGAGAAUGGAUGGUUUAAGAGAAUCGGAUCCGUCGUUUUACCGGCUCACGCUAUUCGAGCCGGUGAAAAGGCGUUGGCGCAAUUUUCCGCCGAUACCGGAGAUGGCGGAACGGAUGCCGGUGUACUGUAGCGUAGUAGGAAUUGGAACGGAGGUGGCGGUGAUAGGCGGUUUCCACCCGGUUACACGGCAGCAUCUGAAUUCAGUUUUCAUCUACAACUUCUUAUCCGCCACGUGGAGGCGCGGCGCCGAUAUGCCAUGCAAGGGUCGCGCGUUCUUCGGAUGCGCGGCAUCGGCGGCGGACGACGGGACAGUGGUGGUCGCCGGCGGUGUGAACUUGGGCAACAGCGUGUUGAAAUCAGCGUUGGCGUACGACGUGGCAAGGGACACGUGGACAACCUUGUCGGACAUGUCAUUUGGGCGAAUCGAGUGCACGUGUGUGUUCCACCGUAGCAAGUUUCACGUACUCGGCGGCUUUUAA